GAUAGCGUUGAUUCCUCUUCAGGUACUGAUAGAACACCAUCAACUUCUGCUGCCAUCGAAAGAAGAAAAGGUCAUAUAUUGGACCUACUAAUGGCCAGACUUCAAGAAUGGCUGGACUCAACCCUGCGAGAGCGAGGUGGUAGCAACGGCCAAGACAGCUCAGAAGUUACUCAAAGUUCAGCAACGACAGUCCUCAAUUACUUGGGGCAGGUAUCAGACAGACCACCUACUCAAAAGCGCCGAAGAGAGGAUUCCGAUGAUGAGUAUGACGAGAACAAUGACGGGGCACCAAAUCGAAAUCAGAAGGAGACAUGGGCAAUGCCGGAACCUACAGAGAUGAGAUAUGUCUGCCCCUUCUUUAAACACAACCGCGAGAGAUAUCAAACGUCUCAAUGGAAAAGCUGCUGUUGGCCAGGUUGGACAUCUGUUCAUCGAGUCAAGGAGCAUCUUUAUCGUCGACACAUGCUACCCAAAUUCCGCUGCAAUAGAUGCAGGCAAGACUUCAAGUCAGCCUUCAACCUGAAUGAACAUCAAAGAGCCGACAAUAUUUGCCAGAGGCAAAAUGAAGACUUUGCAGAAGAGGGUAUCAAUGAAGAACAGGAAAGAUUACUCCGUAUCAGAAAGAGGAAGAAUGGAAAAUCCCGACAAGUAGCAGAAGAAGAGAAGUGGGUUGAUAUGUAUAAGAUUCUCUUUCCUGACGAUGACCCCGUUCCUACUCCAUAUCCCGAAUUAUGUCAUUUGCAACCCGACCAAGAAAUCGAGCUGCCUAGGGCGAAUGUGCUGGACAGUUUUGAGGACUACGCACGACGUGAGUUUUCAAGACGCAUGCGGCCUCGUAUGGAGAGUUUAGUCGAUGGAAUCCUGGAACAAGCGCUCACCUCUCAAACGAUCACCGAUGUCGCAAAUAACGUCCUCCAGGGUAUUAUGGAAUCUUUUCGUGAGAGUCAAAACCAAGAGGCUUGCCAACCAGAAUCCCAGAAGUCGCCCUCGAGAAGUCCUAGCCCUCAAAGGAUGCCUGUUGACAGCUCUACCCAAGUGCGUCAAUCAAGCCAUACUUUUGAAGGCGGCCCCUAUUCGAACUUGGAAAUUGACCUGGAUGAGAUACUAAACUCUCUUGAUGCUAACCAGUCAUUUGAUUUUGAGCGGUGGGGAGCGGAAGAUGAAGGCACAAACACAUUUCAUCCUUUUACGCUCCAGGUUGAGCAGUAUAAUAAGGCAAACGCCUGA